CAAUCUAUUUGCAAUUGUUCUUUUGUUACUUGUAUACGAAGUUAUUUUCCGUCUUAUUUCCAGAUUGGAAACGUUGUUAGAGUUUAUGAGGUACCUAAUAUAUUGUACCAGAUCGAAACAUGCGACCCCUUGAAACGGUUGAUCUAUUAUCUACCGCUUACAUUAGGUACCUGUAUUAUUUCCCCUACCUUACAUAUUUCAUCUGUGCUCUAGCUACUACUUAAGUUAUUAAAACGCACCAUUUUCAUUUCAUUUCAUAUAAACAAAUCACCAAGGCUCCCGUUCCGUCAUUCAUUACAACCGCCCCGCAUGGGAACGUGAGAUUUAGUCUGUCUACCUACCUAACUACCUGAGUACUUGAACUUACCACACACACGUUCAAUUCGUCUUUAUCUACCUAAGCUCAAACGCCACCCACGAUGUCCACAACCACCACCACCCCAAGCGCCCUCGGCCCGCUCAUCCGCCUCCGGGGCCUGCGCACCUCGCAGCUGCCGGCGCCCGACGCGCCGUCGCCCGCCGAGCUCGCGCCCCUGCUCCGCGCCAUCCUCCAGGAGGCCCUGCCGUUCAUCGACUCCGCAGCGCCCAAGGCGGGGAGCGGGAGCGGCAGCGACGGGGUCCCGGGGAACACGCAGCAGGGCUGGAGGAGGAGAGGCGCGCACAGGCACACGGACUCGGCGGCGGAAGUCGAGGUGCUGGAGCGGGUGGUGCGGGGGAAGGAGUUGGAGAGGGCGCUUGUGCAGGAGGGGGAUGAGAAGGGGGCAGGGGAGGAAGAGAAAGGGAAAGAGAAGGGGACGGGGAAGGGGAAAGGAAAAGUGAGGGACGAGACCUGGUGCUGCCGCCGGAGCCUGCACGCGGAUAAGCCGGAGAAGGGCACGGCGUCGUGGGCCGAGUUCGUGCGGAGCUUCCGGGACGAGCACGCGGAGACGGAGCGCGCGUUCACGCCGGCGUGCGUGGGGGCGUGGCGGGCGUGGGCGUGGGAUUGUGGCGGCGUUAAUAUUACUACCACCACUACUACUGCUCAGACUCAAGUUUCCGAGGGAGAAGGGGGAGGGGGGGAGACUUGGGGACGGUUCAGUCUGGUCGUGGAGGAGAUGAGGCAUCGGAUCGGGAGGCCGGUGCUCAGGGACAGGACGUUUCCCGUGCUGCAGAUGACGGCGACGAGGAUCUCAGGGGGGGAGGGGGAGGGGGAGGGGGGAGAAGAAGAGGAAGAGGAAGAGUUUGUCGUGGUGAGUAUUCCGGUGCCGGACUUUGGGGACUCGGAGAUGAGUCAGUUGGCGAGGGAGAAGGAUGCGCAGGUCGCGAGGUAUGUUAGCGUGGAGCGGAUCCGGAGGAUAAAGGAUAGGGACGGGGAUGGAGACGGGGACGGGGGAAAGGUGGAGUGGUUGAUGGCGACGGCGAGCGAUGCGGGAGGCGUGCUCCCGGCUUGGGUGCAGAAUAUGGCGGCGCCGGGGGUCAUUUGGAAGGACGUGCCGCUGUUUCUGGGGUGGAUUGCUAAGGAGAGAGGGAAGAGGCAGGGUAAAGAGGCAGGGACAGGGUCAGGGACAGGGUCAAGGACAGGGUAAAUAUGAUGAGGGUAAGGAGACGACGGGAGGUGCUGUAGGGAGUAGAAGUGACUCAGAUGGAGAAGGCAUCGGAGAGUAUAUCAUGAUGUUGUUUAAUGGGAUUUUGGAAUGGAGUGCAAGAGUUAAGAAGGCAACAUAAGGACUUAUAUCCCUUAAUAAGAAUGUAUUAAUAUCACAUACUAAUAUAAUUAUUCGCAAGGCUUAAUAAUAACUAUAGAUUAUGAACUAUUCUCUCU